AUGUCUAGCGAUUAUGUUUUUAAUCAACUCGGGGGCGGGUCUUGCCUAGCAGGUCUCUGCUCGCAGCAGGUUCUGUUCAGGCCGCGCCCUGAAGCUGGCGGCCAAGCUGCCGUGGCUGGGGAUGCGCCGGUUGCCUGGCUUGGGCCUGCAAUCAACCAGCCUGUGGGCGCACGGGCUCCGCGCGUGCAGCCUCGGCAGCUGUCAGGCGCCACGCCUCCUCUACAGUGUAUGCCAGGGCCCUCGGGCGCCUCUGGUGCGUCUGCGCAGCGGUUGCUUGCGCUCGGCGGCGUGGCUUGGGCCGGCAGCCAAGGCCGCAAGAGGGCGCGGAAGCAGAGCAGGCGGGCAGCUCGAGCUGCUGAGGCGCGGGGCGCAGAGUUUGCCGCGCAGUGCGCGGACGAGGAGGCCAUGCUUGCUGAGGGCACCUUUGCCAUCAAGCCCGAGGACCUUCUCAGGCGCUGCAAAGAGGUCCUGGCAGCCGGGGUCGGCGCCCGUGAACCGGGCGCGGACUUCGCCGAAAACUUUGAGUUCUGCGCGCCGGUCGUCGGGACCCUCGGUAAAAAGCAGUACCUGGGCGCUCUUGGCACCUUCGAGAUAGAGGGCGCUUUUCCGGACGCCAAUCCCAACUACCACUCUUCCGCGUCGACCCAUUCGAGCCGAAUCGCGUCUGGUUCCCGACGCGCAAAACUGGCACCAAUACUGCUGAGUUCGUGGGGGAGCCAGCCGCUGGCAAGGCUCUCAUUUUUCCUCCUGAGGCGUGCAGCAUGA